AUGAACCUCACCAAGAUCAUCGCGCACCUCGCCGUCCUGUCGGCUGUCAUGGGCUCGCUCACGGAGGCAGGCAACACCGAAGCACCAACUGCUACGACAUCCCCCGAUGUACCGACAGUAACAAUGACAGACUCCCCUUCGUUAACCUGGUCCAGCUCCGAAUCAAGUACAACAACCACCGGCGCAGUGUCGGCUGGUGUCGGCGUCGGUGUGAAUGGCGCGGCCAAUGCAGGCGUGUCGGGCGCUGCUAACGUCGGUGUCGGUGCUGCUGUUGCGGGCUCCACCAGGGGCGGUACUUCCGGCGGAGUGUCGGCUGGUGUCGGCGUCGGUGUGAAUGGCGCGGCCAAUGCAGGCGUGUCGGGCGCUGCUAACGUCGGUGUCGGUGCUGCUGUUGCGGGCUCCACCAGGGGCGGUACUUCCGGCGGAGUGUCGGCUGGUGUCGGCGUCGGUGUGAAUGGCGCGGCCAAUGCAGGCGUGUCGGGCGCUGCUAACGUCGGUGUCGGUGCUGCUGUUGCGGGCUCCACCAGGGGCGGUACUUCCGGCGGAGUGUCGGCUGGUGUCGGCGUCGGUGUGAAUGGCGCGGCCAAUGCAGGCGUGUCGGGCGCUGCUAACGUCGGUGUCGGUGCUGCUGUUGCGGGCUCCACCAGGGGCGGUACUUCCGGCGGAGUGUCGGCUGGUGUCGGCGUCGGUGUGAAUGGCGCGGCCAAUGCAGGCGUGUCGGGCGCUGCUAACGUCGGUGUCGGUGCUGCUGUUGCGGGCUCCACCAGGGGCGGUACUUCCGGCGGAGUGUCGGCUGGUGUCGGCGUCGGUGUGAAUGGCGCGGCCAAUGCAGGCGUGUCGGGCGCUGCUAACGUCGGUGUCGGUGCUGCUGUUGCGGGCUCCACCAGGGGCGGUACUUCCGGCGGAGUGUCGGCUGGUGUCGGCGUCGGUGUGAAUGGCGCGGCCAAUGCAGGCGUGUCGGGCGCUGCUAACGUCGGUGUCGGUGCUGCUGUUGCGGGCUCCACCAGGGGCGGUACUUCCGGCGGAGUGUCGGCUGGUGUCGGCGUCGGUGUGAAUGGCGCGGCCAAUGCAGGCGUGUCGGGCGCUGCUAACGUCGGUGUCCGCGCUGGCCUGCGCGGAUCUGCCAACUAG